GUCUUCUAUCACAAAGCAUUUAUCUUUUACAUACACUUGAAAAGAUGUAGGAGCCUAAACAUUGAAACAAGAAGGAGAAACAUGAAAUUAAAAUACCCAGCAGCAAGAAGGAGAAACAUGGCACGUGCCCCGCGAGGUGAUUCCGGCGAAGGUGCCAUCCGUUUUCUUGCAGAUGCUGGAUUGUAUGAAAGUCAAGAAGAAGCCAUUAAAAGGGAGGAAGUCUUAGGGAGAUUGGAUCAGAUUGUGAAGAAGUGGGUGAGGAAUGUCAGUUGUGCUAAAGGUCAUAGUGAACACCUUGCACAGGAAGCAAAUGCAAAGAUUUUCACAUUUGGUUCAUACCGACUAGGAGUACAUGGCCCUGGUGCAGAUAUUGACACAUUAUGUGUUGGACCAAGAUAUGCUACUCGAGAAGACUUCUUUGGUGAGCUUCAUAAUAUGCUGCUCGAAAUGGAAGAAAUUCAGGAGUUACAUCCUGUUCCAGAUGCUCAUGUUCCUGUGAUGAAAUUCAAGUUUAAUGAAAUAUCUAUAGACCUUCUUUAUGCAAAUGUUGCACUCUGGGUUAUCCCUGAGGACUUGGAUGUUUCACAAGAGUCCAUAUUGCAUGGUGUAGAUGAGCAGACUGUUCGUAGUCUAAAUGGAUGCAGAGUUACUGAUCAAGUUUUACAUUUAGUUCCUAGUAUUCAGAGUUUUCGUACUACAUUGAGAUGCAUGAGAUUGUGGGCAAAGCGGCGUGGAGUUUACUCAAAUGUUACUGGCUUUCUUGGUGGCAUUAACUGGGCGUUGCUUGUAGCUCGUAUUUGCCAACUAUAUCCUAAUGCAAUUCCUAGCAUGUUAGUGUCUCGAUUUUUCAGGGUCUAUAGUAUGUGGCGUUGGCCAAACCCUGUUUUGCUUUGUCCAAUUCAAGAAGGGUCUCUAGGACUUCCAUAUUGGGAUCCUAGGAGAAAUUUCAAAGACAGGACACACCUAAUGCCUAUAAUAACCCCAGCAUAUCCUUGCAUGAACUCUAGCUACAAUGUGUCAACAAGCACACUUCGUGUUAUGACAGAAGAAUUUCAGAGGGGAAAUGAUAUUUGUGAGGCAAUAGAGGCAAGUGGAGCAAGCUGGGUGAAUCUCUUUGAGCCUUUUGCCUUUUUUGAAGCCUACAAAAAUUAUUUGCAAAUAGACAUAUCUGCUGAGAAUAAUGAUGAAAUGAUGAGUUGGAAAGGCUGGGUUGAAUCUAGGAUACGUAUGCUUACACUCAAGGUUAGAUUUGUCUCUUGAAUGUUUUUCACAUACAGAUCUCACCAAAGGGUUAUGGCAAUUAAACGAAAAUUAAAAGAUAAUUAAGUCUAACUCUCCCU